AUGUCCCGCUGCUCUGCACUGCCUUCCAUACGCAAGGAGUCCGAAUCCGAGUCUGUGUUCAACGACAUAACAAUCCUACCAGACAGCAUUGCUACCGUUAACGAUGCCGCCUCUACAUCCAACCCAUCCGACUCCAGGCGCAUGCAAGUCGAUGACACCAGACCCCUUGCACUCGAAUCUACACCCAAACUGAUAAUACGCCAGCUUUACCCCAAAUUUCCGGCCCCAAUGAGCAUUGAAGUAUGCAAAGAGUCUUUGCUCGCCUUGGGAUGUCCGCUGGGGUAUUAUAACCUUGAUCUAGCUGCGGAGCUAUCCUACAUAGCACUACGAAAAUGGAGAAAGGCCCAUCCUGAACAGGACUUUUGUAUUACAUGCGUCAAACCUUCUGUUCCAGAGUUCUCUCCAAUUUAUUCUUCUGAAAAGAACCGCUCGUAA